AAGCAGUCCGGUUUCUGGCGGGCCGUGAUGUGAGCGACCUGCCGACAAAUCAGAACACGAAAUAUUCACGAACCGACCGCGACGUGUUGUUGUGAGAUAUUGAUGGUCACGGGAUCUCGUGGCAACUUUGAUCGCAUUUUCGCGUGUCGUGGCACUGGCAGCGCGACAUGCUCUGUGUCUGAAGUAUCCACCACCUACUCACUCUUCUGUCCCUGCUACCGACUUUGCUCAACAUCUGGGGACUGGCCUCCGACACUCCUUCCAUUGCUCAUUUUCCAAAUUUGGGUGGUCGCUAUAUGCAACGCUAGUCUGGACACUGGUAAAGACAGUAGGAUUAUAUGGACAGUUACUCUCCCCUGCUGCUCGGUGGGGCCACUGCCUUGGUAUUAGGGCUUUCGACACUCUAUGUUCUGCUGGUCCUUUGGUCACCUCCACCUAUAAUCACCCGUCCGUCGGAAACGAAAUAUCUCUGCCACUCAUCGCCAAAGAAGCCGCGUGUGCUCACUAAAUUAGCUGAUCCUCCCACUGUUGACCUCUCAGUGGUCGUCCCUGCGUUCAACGAGACCGAGCGCCUCCCUGUCAUGCUCGCCGCAGCCAUCGACCACCUCUCUUCGCCUGCGCUGAAAAACAAGCAUACAUUCGAAAUUGUCAUUGUCGAUGACGGGUCGUCAGACGGUACGGCGGCGGCGGCGCUGAAACUAGCCGGAACGUACCCGAAGUGCGAUAUUCGCGUAGUCAAACUGGAGAAGAACCUCGGGAAAGGGGGUGCUGUGCGCCACGGGAUGUUGUUCAGUGGCGGGAGACGCAUGCUCAUGGUCGAUGCGGACGGUGCCAGUCGGUUCGUUGAUCUGGAGCUAUUAUGGGAUGCCAUGGACAAAAUUGCACCCGGUGAUGGGGCUGGCAUGGUCGUGGGAAGCAGAGCUCAUCUGGUCAAGACAGAGGCUGUAGUCAAGCGGUCCCUGUUACGGAACAUCCUCAUGUACGGCUUACAUACGAUCCUUCGAAUCGUCGGGGUUGGGCACAUUCGCGAUACGCAAUGCGGUUUCAAGCUGUUUUCGCGUGCAGCAGCCCGUCGGAUCUUCCCCGCCCAGCGACUGCCGACCUGGAUAUUCGAUGUGGAGCUCCUGUUGCUGGCGAAACAAGUGGGGAUUCCUGUCGCGGAGGUGCCGAUUGAGUGGCACGAAGUUGAGGGCAGCAAGUUGAACGUGGUGACGGCGUCAUUGCAGAUGCUGAGGGAUCUGCUUAUCGUCCGUGCCAACCAUGUUCUUGGACGAUGGAAAGCCGUUGGCCCAGAACCCAAGCUGCCGAAACCGUAGCAGGUCUUUACAUGAUCGCCGUCAGUGUAAUGCAUAGUUGUAAGUAUCUAAUCCUAGCCUCGGAUCUCGAUAUUAGCUCGGAGCGCCGAUCGAUUACCUAAGGCGCUUCCCACCUCCGUCCCACCGCUCUGGCGCAGGUUGUGUUCGUGCGCUUUCAUGUACUGAUGGUGACUACUUAUGGCCAAACCUCAUCCCAGGAUCCGGGAAGAUGGCCAAAAUUUUAUUCAUUUGAGUGACCGGCCUGCCAAGCACGGCCCCCCGGCUUGCUGAUCGCAUAGCUCCGCGCAAUAAAGGGCGAUGACCCGUUAUACUUAAGAGGGCACCGGCCGAAUCAUGGGCACUGCAUCUACCAGGUCCCCGCGCUCUGUAUUUACGUCCGACAAGAGCCAGGUCCUGAAUCAUGAGGUCCCCCGACGACUGCACUCUGUCUAUCCCUCCCGAACUGCUUUCCCGGGUGUUCCAGCUCGCUCAACAUGUGCCGCUUGGGUCGGACUGGGGUGACCGGAAACGGCCCCUAGAAAUGGUCGUCUCGCAUGUCAGUGGGUUUUGGCGAGACGUCGCGCUAGGCACGGGACUACUUUGGCAGCAGAUUAGGGUCGAGCCGGAGUGCUCGAUGGACAGAUUGCGUUUAUAUCUUUCGCGCUCGGGCCCUCAGACUCCGCUGCACCUGCAUUUAAAUCUCACGCCCCGCGCGCCGCACGGGCCCGAAACUCUCGCAGAGAAGCUGGAUCUGGUGUUUCAGCACCUGCAUCGGUGGCAGCGGGUGACAGUCCACGCGCAGAUCGAGUGUGCGGAGGCCCCCUUCAUCGGGCGCCUGUACGACCAGGCGGCACCCAUGCUGGAGUGGCUGGGCCUUUGUGUCCAUGAUGUCGACGCGCCAACGCUCCGGACACUACGCCGCUCUGAUCUGGAGCAGAUCUUGACGCGUGGAUGUCCUCGACUGUCGGUUGUUCGCCUUCGCGGGCUGUCGAUGCACUUUUUCCGGCCCCCGCUGUCUACGAUAACGACUCUCCAUCUGGAACAGACCCGCGACAUCGU